AUGUUCUGUUGUAAGAAAGAAAGUGCUCACGAUCUUGUUGAUGCGAAUGACAAACCAAAAACUAAUGACAAGCCCGUUGAGAAUAAAGAGGAGCCACAACCCAAAAAAGAAGAGGAUAAACCAAAUAAAAACAAAGAGGGAGUUCAAGUCUCACUAGAGUCUAAACAAGAAAAACCAGUAGAUGAGUCAACGAGUCAAAUCUCAGAUACCAAAAACGAAGGAGAUUCAAGUGAGAAGAAAAGUCAUUCUUCAAGUAAAAGUUCAGACAAAAAAUCUGACAAGAAGAUUGACGAACCGGCAAAAGGAGAAGACGAAAAAGUCGCACCAAAAGAGGAAGAACAUAAAGAGGAGGUCCAAGAAACCAAAGAAGAAGAGAACAAGACUGAAGAGAAGAAAGAAGAGGAAUCCCCCAAAGAAGAAGUCAAAGAGCCUCAAGAGACCAACGAAGACGUGGCAAAAGUUGAGGAACCCAAAGUCGAAGAACACAAAGAAGAAGUCGUUCCUCCUGUUGAGUCACCGAAAGCCGAACCUGUUGAAGAGAAAAAUGAAGAGAAAGUCGAAGAGAAAGAACACAAAGAAGAAGAAAACUUAACUGAAAAGGUUGAAGAGGUCCCAACAGCCUCAAAGGUUGAAGUCAAAGAAGAACAGACGAAAGAAGACAUUAAAGAAGAACCUAAAGAAGAAUUAAAAGAAGAAGUGAAACCAGCAGAAGAAGUCAAGGAAGACAAAGAAGGCACUAGCGAAAGUAAAAGUAGUGACAAAAGUGGAUCCACGUCAUCGGGUUCGAAGUCAAAGUCCAAUUCCUCAAAAUCAUCAAAGGAUUCGAAAUCAUCAGAGAAAAAGGUUUCCACAGAAAAGGCCGAGUAA